CAUCACUACGGUAUUGUGCCCUGGCGCCCCUCUCUAAAACCCUCAACAAGAAUCGCCGCGCCGCUCAUAGUUCUUCUCCUUGUCCCUCGACCUCGAUCCAUCACGGCGACGGCAUCACCUGCGACGAGAUUCAAACUCUCUCUUUUUCUCUCUCUUUGUCGCCACUGAUUCCCUCCUCUCCACCAUGGCUGAGGUAUCAAUGGCCGACAUCGAGGCUACCGCUCUUCGUCUGGGAAUCGACAUCUCUUCUGUAGAUCUUGACUCCAUCCAGCGUCCUCCUGGGGAGGACUUCGGCAUCAAGAGCGACGAUGAUGAGGAUUUGUAUCAAGAGGACGGCUUCGAGAUGGAGGCGGGAUUUGGGAAUGUUAUUGUGGUGGAUAACUUGCCGGUGGUGCCGCCGGAGAAGUUUGAGAAGUUGGAGAACGUCAUUCGGAAGAUCUACAGCCAGAUUGGGGUUAUUAGAGAUGGUGGGCUAUGGAUGCCAGUGAAUCCGGAAAGCCAGAAAACCCUAGGGUAUUGCUUUAUCGAGUACAACACCCCUCAGGAAGCUGAGCUUGCGAAAGAGAAGACUAAUGGUUACAAGCUGGAUAAAUCACAUAUUUUCAUCGUUAAUUUGUUUGAUGACUUUGAGAAGUAUAUGAAAGUUCCUGAUGAAUGGACCCCUGCGGAAAUCAAGCCAUAUGUUCCUGGGGAAAAUCUACAUCAGUGGCUUACUGAUGAAAAGGCAAGGGAUCAGUUUGUAAUUCGUGCUGCUACUUUCAGUGAAGUUUUCUGGAAUGAUCCUAGGCAAAUGAUGCCUGAGCUUGUCUACCGCCGCCAGUAUUGGACUGAGGGUUUUGUCCAGUGGUCUCCCCUUGGGACCUACUUGGCCACAGUGCAUAGGCAGGGUGCUGCUGUCUGGGGUGGUGCCACUACCUUCAACCGAUUGAUGCGAUAUCCUCACCCGCAGGUAAAACUGAUUGAUUUCUCUCCUGGCGAAAAAUAUCUGGUCACAUACAGCAGCCAUGAGCCCAAUAACCCUCGGGAUACACAUAGGGUUGUGCUGAAUAUCUUUGACGUGAGGACAGGCAAGGUGAUGCGUGAUUUUAAAGGAAAUGUGGAUGAAUUUACUACUGGUGGCAGCGGAGGUGUUUCUGGUGUCUCCUGGCCAGUGUUCAGGUGGGGUGGUGGCAAGGAAGAUAAAUAUUUUGCUAGAAUUGGGAAAAACAUGAUAUCUGUAUAUGAAACAGAGACUUUCACUCUUAUUGAUAAGAAGUCUAUGAAGGUGGAGAGUGUGGUGGACUUUAGCUGGUCACCUACUGAUCCCAUAAUAUCUCUUUUUGUUCCAGAGCUAGGGGGUGGAAAUCAGCCUGCAAGGGUAAGCCUUGUUCAGAUACCAGGCAAGGAAGAGCUAAGGCAGAAGAACCUUUUCAGUGUCAGUGACUGCAAAAUGUAUUGGCAGGGCAAUGGUGAAUAUCUUGCUGUCAAAGUUGACCGGUAUACAAAAACAAAGAAGAGCACUUAUACUGGUUUUGAGCUAUUCCGAAUCAAGGAAAGAGACAUCCCAAUUGAGGUUCUAGAGCUCGAGAACAAAAAUGACAAAAUUGUAGCAUUUGCUUGGGAGCCAAAAGGCCAUAGAUUUGCAGUUAUACAUGGAGAUGGCCCUCGGCCUGAUGUAAGUUUUUAUUCAAUGCGAAGUGCUCAAAACACUGGCCGCGUCUCCAAGCUUGUGACUCUGAAGUCCAAGCAAGCCAAUACGCUUUACUGGUCCCCAGGUGGGCGCUUCAUUUUGUUAGCAGGGCUUAAGGGGUUUAAUGGCCAGCUGGAGUUUUACAAUGUCGAUGAGUUGGAGACAAUGGCCACAGGUGAACAUUUCAUGGCCACUGACAUUGAAUGGGAUCCUACUGGAAGAUAUGUGGCUACAGCUGUCACAUCAGUUCAUGAAAUGGAGAACGGGUUCCAUAUUUGGUCCUUUACCGGGAAGCUGUUAUACAGGAUUCCUAAAGAUCACUUCUACCAGUUCCUCUGGCGCCCAAGGCCCCCUUCAUUACUGACCCCCGAGAAAGAAGAAGAAAUUUGGAAGAACUUGAAGAAGUACAGCAAAAAAUAUGAGGCGGAAGAUCAGGAUGUUUCUUUGCAGCUGAGCGAGCAAGACAGGAAGAAGAGAAAGUUGCUGCAGGAGGAAUGGGAUUCCUGGGUGGAGAAGUGGAAGCGGCUCCAUGAUGAAGAGAGGGAAAUGAGGCAAUGGCUGAGGGAUGGAGAAGCCAGUGACGAGGAAGAAGAGUAUGAGGCCAAAGAAGUAGAAGUUGAGGAAGUCCUGGAUGUUAAAGAAGAAGUGGUUCCGUUUGACCUGGACCAAAUGGAAUAAGGGCAUUGAUCAUCCAUUCUUUUUCUUGGUUUCCUAUCCUCUUCUUGUGUUGAGAGACUUGGUUAGUAUCCGAGACGGUUUUGCUCUUUGAACUUGUGUUUGCUUCAGAGCUUAUUUCUAUGUCAUGUAAACAUUAUUUUAAUCUUGUUCUUUUUUUUUUAAGAAUUUAAAUUAUAAAAAUAACAAAUAUGUCUUU